AUGUUCCAUGCUCAUGGAUCACAUGGAGGUUCCAGAAGAACCUCUUUUCCACACGUCCUCAAGAAUUUGCCUGCAACACCAAGACUGACUGAGUCAUACAGGUCUCGGUCUGUCUCCAGUGGUCCUGGCAGAGAUGUCUUUGACCAACAAGUGAAAGGUACAUUCAACAACUAAGGUCCUGCGGUCAAGCCAAAAGUUUCACCUGUAAUGCUGAUUGACAGAUACAAGAAAGGUGAGGUGAAUGCCGUUGCUUUGCUCCAUCAGCUUGCCCAGACUUUGCUGUUCCACCUGGAAAUAAAGGAGACGGUGACUACAGGCAUUGAAUCAGGGCUGUAUUUUGCCUUUUGUGUCGUGAUUGAUGGGGUCGAGUACAAGACUGGCAUUGGGAAAACCAAGAAGGAGGCUCGGCUCAAUGCUGCGUUGCUUGCUUUGGAGGACCUGCUGCCCACCUUGCAAAGUCUGGACUCUGUCCUCCCUGUAGCAUCAGGUGUCCCUCCACCCUUGCCAGUAAAAGAGCAGCCAUCCAUCUCUAACGUCUCUCCAUGUAGAGCCAUUCACGAAAGGAAGAAUUUCAUCAACCUCCAGAUUCUACAUGCUGUCAGGGAUCAUCUCAUUGAACUGAUGAACAGCCAUCAAGAGUUUUCUGCCUGUGCAGGCACCACCGCAGCAUUCGUCAUUCAGACUUCUGGUGGAUGUGAGGUGGUCGCUUUCGGCACUGGGAACUUAAAUACCAACGAGAAUGCCUCGUCCAGUGGCCGGAUUGUGCAUGAUUCACAUGCAGUCGUAACUGCAAGGAGGUCACUUAUGAGGUUUCUGUACCGGCACCUGUUGAUGUUCUUCAGCAAAACGGGCAGCCUGACGGAGAAGUCCAUCUUCCAGCAGAGCAGCAGCAGCAGCAGCAGCCUCCUCUGCCUGAAGAGCAAUAUCACCCUCCACCUCUACGUGAACCAACUGCCAAAGGGUGCUGCUCAGCUCCCUUCCAAGCUGCGCCUCAACCCACUCUCCAUUUCGGCAUGGCAAGUCAACAAUGAGAUCAGCCUACACCUGUCAGUGGAGGGCAAGGUGUUCUCAGUUUUCUCGUCAGCCUUUAACCACUCUGCCUCCAAGUUGGUCAGCAUGUCCUCCACAGACAAGCUCACUCAGUGGCAGGUGCUAGGAUACCAGGGAGCCUUGCUCAGCCACUUUAUUGAGCCCAUCUAUGUCCAGAGCAUCCUCAUAGGUGACUCUGGCUGCAGUGAUGUCCGUGGCAUGGAGAUCUCUGUGAGCCAGCGAGUGGAGGGGAUCACCUCUCAGCUGCCCAUGUUCUACUGCAUGUUUAGGCCUCACAUCAGUCUGGUGCCUUCUGUGACUACCAACAGCACCAGCAAUGGCCAGUUGACCUACAGUAUUAACUGGAGUGAAGGGGACAGCUCCAUGGAGGUUGUGGAUGGCCUGGAGGGCAAGACUGUAGAGAAAUCUCCCUUUAAGAGUGGCUCUGCUCUGGCAAGCCGUCUGUGCAAAGCCGCAAUGCUGCACCGCUUCAAGUUGGUAGCCAAAGAGGCCCAGAGACAGGACCUGCUGGCUACAAGCUCCUACAGAGAAGCCAAGAGGAUGGCGAAGCCGUACCAGGAGGCCAAGAAUGUGCUGAAGGUGUACCUGUUGCAGCAGGGCUUUGGGUCCUGGCUGGACAAGCUUUCCGUUAGUGAUAACUUCAGCAUGUGA